AUGUCCGACGACCCCCUCGCGUCGCUCUCACCCGCCCAGCGCGACUCGUUCGAGACCUUCAACGCUUUCACCGCUCGCGACUCGAAAACGCCUGAGGAAGCGAGGAAGAGCGUCGAGAUGCUCAGGGACGCAGGAUGGGAUGUGCAGAUGGAAGACGGUCUGAAUGCGCUGCCUAAAUACGCACGGAGCCCAGCGCUGUCGUUCUCGCACUUCGAGGAGAACCUGUCGCAGACCGCCAUUGCCCGCGUGUACGACGAGCCAGCCGGCUCUGCCGCCUCGACUUCUCGACAUGCCUAUCCUCCGACAAACGACGCUGCCGACGGAGUCGACGAGGCGCUGCUGCCUGGUGCCACGCAAAGGAGGCAUAGCGGAACUGGAGGUCUAGGAACAGGCGCUGUUGGGCUGUACUACUUACGACAGGCUCUCGCUGUCCCCAUCUCGAUCAUUUCCGUCCCCCUCGCACUACUCUACAACUUCGCCUCAGCUAUCGUCCUCUUCAUCGCCCGCAUCUUCCGCCUCCGUCCCGCAACAGCCUCGUUCCGACCGCGCAACCCGUUCGCGGGCGCAGGUCGACCUCGAACGACGCUCUCGCCCGCCACGGCGGCAGAACAGUGGGUCCAGUCAGUCGAGCGGACAACGGGACUCGCGCGACGGGGCGGGCAGGACAACGCGUCUGCCGCUUCGGGCGUACAAGUCGGUUCUUCGUCCGGCCUCUCCCGCCGCUCGACUGUCCCGCCGCCGGGCUCUGGUCCGCGCCUUCCUGCCUUCUUCAUCGGCGGCUACGACCAGGCUCUCCGCGUCGCGCGCGACGAGAUGCGCCUCAUGAUGGUCGUCCUCACGAGCGAGGAGAACGAGCGGGACGAGCGGUUCAAGCGGGAAGUUUUGACGAGCGAGGAGGUGAAUCAGGUUCUGGAGGAGGAGAACGUGAUGGUCUGGGGAGGGGAUGUGAGCGACAGGGAUGCCUACCAGGUUGGCCAGACGCUCUCGUACAUUGCGCUGCCCUUUGUCGCCUUCGUCUCUCUGCAGCCUUCAGCCCCGCCCGGCGUCUCGACAAACCCCUCGACCGCCUCGACCGCUUCCCCCCGCCUCCGCCUCAUCUCCCGCCUCGAGCCUACCCCCUCGAAUCCCCUCACAGCCGCCUCCCUCCACGCACACAUCAUGACCUCCGUCCUGCCCCGCGCAAAGCCGUUUCUCGCCCGGCUGAAGACACAGAAAGCCCAGCGGGAGGCAGACAGGCGCGCGAGGGAAGAUGCGGAGCGGAGGGUGUUGGAGAAUGCGAGGAGGGACGAGGAGAGGGUGUUGGCUGUACGGCGGAGGGAGGAGGUGCGGAAGAGGGCGGAGUUGGCGGAGCGGGAGAGGCGGGAGAGGGAGGCGAAGGAGAGGGAGGAAAAGGAGAGGGUCGCGGCGUUAGCGAGGCAGUGGAGGAGCUGGAAGAGGGGCGAGCUGGCGCGGAAGGGAGAGCCGGCAGCGGAUCAGCCUGGAGCUGUGCGGGUUGCGGUGCGGCUUGGCAGCGGCAAGCGGGUGAUGCGCACGUUUGCUGCGGCGGAUGGGACAGAGGAGGUGUACGCGUGGGUUGAGUGCGAGCUGGAGGAGGGCGAGGAGGGCGCGGGCGAAGCUGCGACUCCGCCGGCCGGAUACCAGCAGCGAUACCACUUCCGCCUCGCAACGACUUUCCCUCGCCAAGUUAUCCCGCUUCCCUCGCACCUCGCGUCGCCGUCGACCGCCAACCUCACCGGCAGCGCUUCAGCAACAAUUACCGUCGGCGAGGCGUUCAACGGCUUGGGCAAGACGGUCAACCUGGUCGUCGACGGACUGCAGGAACGGCGGCGGAUGAGUAUGAGCAGUCGCGAGGACGAGGAUAGCGAGGAAGAGCUGGAGGAGGAGGAUUGA